UUGAAAACAUAUCAUUUCAGAUAUAAGGAUCCUUAAGAAGUCAGUAAGUAAUGGAGCAUUUCAAAACUAUUGCAGCUCUAGCUGCAAAAUACCAGACAUUUCUUGGUUACAGUGCCCUGUCCUUGCUGGCAGCUGUAGGUGAAACCUUAUUUUCAUCCAUAGCGUACAGAUGUCCAUGCAACAGCUGGAGCCAUACCUAUGGUUUGGUCUUCCUUCUUGUUCCAGCAUUGCUAUUGUUCCUUCUUGGCUUUAUGUUCAAUAUGUCACUAUGGAAACAAGUCACCGGUUGCUGCAACACACAUGCAUUUGUCCGUGGAUUCCGUUAUUGGUGUGAAAAGAAGUUACUCUGCUUGUACAUAGUUUUACAAGUGAUAUUUUUCUCAGCAUUGCCUCCAUUGACUUGGAUUGCUCUGGCUCUUCUAAGGGUCAGUUUUUAUGAAUGCAUUGUUUCGGGACUUCCUUUGGACUAUAUAAAAGAAAGAUUUUGUGGGAGAAAUGAUGUGUGCAUGAAAGAAUUACUCUUCAUACCAUGUGCAUCAUCUCUUAAAAUAAACCUUACGCAGGCUGAGUUGGAACAAAUACAGGGUAACAUACGGGCUGAGUCACAGGUUCUUGGCUGGUGUCUCAUAGCUGUUGCCUUGCUUUUUGCUGUGGUGGUUGCCUGCAUGAGCAGAUGUCUAUCACCGGUCAGUCACCUUCAACUAAUGUUUUGGAAAACUUACAUAGAAAAUGAGCAGAAGUUUUUCGAUGAAGAUUCUAAACAACAUGCUGCGCAACUUGCUGAAAGGAAUGUGAAAAGUUUCUUCAACCAGGAAACUCAAGCAGAAUUUCCAACACCCCUAAACAAACAUUGGAGCAGAAUCUCGAUGGCAAACUCAUGGAACAACAGAAAAACCUAUUAUUCACCAUUACAUAAAUUUAUAGAGAGAAAAAGUGAUAGUAUAAAAGCAUCCACAAGGAGUCUCCUCCCUCCAGCUGAAGUCAAUUUUGCAGUUAUGGCUGUUUAGCAUAAAGAGCUUUCUAUCAGUUAGCUCUAGUUCACAUGCUCAGGGGAAACACUCACACAGUCAGGUUUCCAGAUGCAGUUUUGGAAGCAAGAACUAGAAAUUAAUUCAACAAAGAGUUAAAGUGUGUGCAAACAUUCUUUGGUAGUGUAUACAUU